GAGAUGCACGGGUGAGAGGUCAGACAGGGGUUCUCUCCGAGCGCCGCGGCUCCUACCCGUUUAUAGACUUCCGUCUUCUUAACAAUACUACACUCUCAGGGGAAAUCGGCACCAAGAAAAAAGUGAAAAGACUGUUAAGUUUCCAGAGGUAUUUCCAUGCAUCCCGGUUACUGCGUGGAAUUGUACCACAAGCCUCUCUGUACCUACUGGAUGAGGACUACCUUGGACAAGCAAGGCAUAUGCUAUCCAAAGUGGGAAUGUGGGAUUUUGACAUUUUCUUAUUUGACCGCUUGACAAAUGGAAACAGUCUCGUAACACUGCUUUGUCACCUCUUCAAUGUGCAUGGACUUAUUCACCAUUUCCAAUUAGAUAUGGUUACAUUACACAGGUUUUUAGUUAUGGUUCAAGAAGAUUACCAUAGCCAAAACCCGUACCACAACGCUGUCCAUGCUGCCGACGUCACACAAGCUAUGCAUUGCUAUCUGAGGGAGCCCAAGCUUGCCAACUUCCUCACCCCGUCGGACGUCAUGCUCGGACUGCUAGCUGCUGCAGCUCAUGACGUGGAUCAUCCAGGGGUCAACCAACCCUUUCUGAUCAAAACUAAACACCACCUUGCCAGCCUGUACCAGGUAAAACUGCUCAUCAAGUUGCUAAUAUGUAAAAUGGUGUCAAGGAGAGUCUAA